UAUUACUUUUGGUAGCAAAAUAAAUACACAAAAAUCCCCAUUGAAAGGGCAGGGAAAGAAGCCUUUGUAGUGUCUCUAUCUACACAGGUAGUAUAGCAGCAUAGUAGAGGGAGGGGGAUCUUGCUCUUGCUCACUUCAUCUUCCCCAUACAAACCCUAGUUUUCACAGAGCAGAUCCCCUUGUACACAACCUAUACAUACAAAUCCCCCAAUAAUACUAUGGCUCAGGAACCCUCCUCAUCCUCAUCCUCAUCUCAAACCCUAGAAUCACCUAUUUCUACUUCAAUUUCAACUGAUAACAACAAUCAAUCUCUCAUACGUAACGUUUCAUUCAGCCGAUUGAACGCCAAAGCGCCGGAGUUCGUCCCUCGCACCACCACCGCCGCCGCCUCCUCCUCCGCCGUUUCCGCUGCCGUGACGUCAUCUACUUCCGAUCUAUCUCAGCCGCGGCUCGUGAUAUCGCCUCCGCCGACGUCUCCGGGGAUAAUUCAUGUAUAUCCGUCUCCUAAUUCUCCGUUUCAUGCUCCGAUCCCGACGCAUGUGCCGGUGACUGUUCCGGUGCCGGUGCAGAGUCAUCACGGUCAUCAUCAUCAUCAUCCGCAUCAUCAUGUGGCGAUUCAGUAUCAUCAUCACCAGCAGCAUAAUCAUACUCAUCAGCGGCAGUUUAAUGGUGGUGGCACAGGGUAUCUGGAUCAGAAGGAUGUUUCGGUUUCGCAGCGGGCGGUUCAUGGAGAUCUGGAGGUGAAAGAUGGGCUAACUGAUGAAGCUACUCAGAAGAUUGUUAAUCAGGUGGAGUAUUAUUUUAGUGAUAUAAAUUUGGCAACUACUGAUCACUUGAUGAGGUUCAUCAACAAAGAUCCUGAAGGAUAUGUGCCAAUAUCUGUGGUUGUAGCUUUCAAGAAGAUCAAAGCUCUUGUUAGCAGUAAUGCACAGCUUGCUAGCAUACUUCGGAAUUCCGGAAAGCUGGUGGUCAGUGAAGAUGGGAAAAAAGUCAAACGUCUACAUCCUCUAACUGAACCAGAUAUGGAAGAGUUGCAAUCACGCAUAAUUGUUGCUGAAAAUUUACCUGAUGACCACUGUCAUCAGAACCUAAUGAAGAUUUUUUCGGCUGUUGGAAGUGUAAAGACGAUUCGUACAUGUCAGCCACAAGCUUCCAAUGGUGGGGCCACUUCAGCAUCAAGAGCAGCAAAAGCCGAUGGUAUCCUUUUCAGUAACAAGUUACAUGCUUUUGUGGAAUAUGAAACCAUUGAGUCUGCUGAAAAAGCAGCUUUGGAGCUCAACAAAGAGGGUAACUGGAGACACGGUUUGAGAGUUCGUUUACUGAGACGCCCUUCUCAGGCAAAACCAGCUCAAACACGUGGAAAGAAAGCAGGGCAGGAAGAUGAUGCGGUCCCUAAGGAAGAUGACACAUCUACAUCAGAGCAACAUUCAGUGAAUGAGAAACAUGUAGAUGACACUUGUCAGCAAUCUGAUGUCCAGUCACAUGAACAUGUACAGGUGGAAGAUCACCCAAAUGACAAGGAGGGCGGGCACAAGAAAGGGCGUAACCGUGGCAGAGGCAAAGGACGUGGCCGACCUCAAUACAACCAUCACAACAAUCGUGGGACCCACAUGGUCACCCCACCUUCAGCUAAUCAUGUUAACGCUGAGCAUCCGGUUAUUGGGAAACAACCUCCUGGGCCCCGCAUGCCAGACGGGACACGGGGGUUCUCAUUGGGACGGGGGAAGCCUGUGGGUGUUCCCGUUGAUAGUAGCGUAUCAUAAAGAGGCAAUUAAAGUGAUUGUGGGAUGGGAUGAGAUAUGAGAUGAGACGAGAUGGAAUAAUCUGUGGCGGGUCUUGGGAGUAGGAGAUUAUUUUCCCUUUUUACUGGUUUGAGUGUUGUGUAUUUUAAAAGUAAAGAUAUGAUGGAUGAUAUGGGUCGAAACAGAAUGUGGGUUUUUUGAUAUACUGUUUUUAGAGGUUAAUUCCCCUUGUGUU